GAGCGGGUGGGACGAGUACGGCAUCUCCUACGGGAUGCCGAGCCAGCACAUCGUCAUCAGAAGGCUCACCUGCGUCUCGCCGACCAGCGCCGUGAUCGCCCUGGGGAGCGAGAUGUCCGGCGGGAUCCGAGACGUGAGGGCGGAGGACAUCACCGCGCUGAACUCGGAGUCGGGCAUCCGGAUCAAGACGGCGGUGGGCAGAGGCGCCUACGUGAAGGACGUCUUCGUGCGGAGGAUGAAUCUGAACACCAUGAAGUGGGUCUUCUGGAUGACGGGGAGCUACAAGUCGCACCCCGACGACAAGUACGACCCAAACGCCAUCCCGAUGGUGGACGGGAUCAGCUACAGCGAGGUGGUGGCUUACAACGUCACCAUGGCGGGGAGGCUGGAGGGCAUCCCCAGCGCGCCCUUCACCGGCAUCUGCGUCUCCAACGUCACGGUUCAGCUGGCGAAGUCGAUGAAGACGCCAUGGUACUGCGCUGAUGUCGAAGGGGUUUCGAGCGGUGUGACUCCGGCAGCUUGUGCUUCGCUCGCAGAUCAGGGGGCGGCCGCUGCGCCAUGCCCGUUCCCCACUGAUGCUUCGCCCAUGGAUGGCUUCCAACUCCAACAGUGCACUUAUAUAAAGUCCUACGAUGCUUGACCUUGUAAGUAUUGCUUCUCGUGUGUAAGUCAUCAGCACCUGUACGACUGCAGUGGCUCUUUAGUAUGAGUGAAGACUUUACACAAUUCUACCA